AUGGACUUUUUAAUCGCCUACGGUUCUCACACUGGUCAAGCUGACUCGAUCGCUCAUCAACUACAGGAAAAAUGCGAGCUUUUGGGCUUUAAACCCAGACUUUUCUCGCUGGAAGAAAAUGGAAAAUCGUUUUUCAUAGAAAAAGAGUCCCUUGUUGUGGUGAUUGUAUCGUCGACUGGAGAUGGAGAUCCACCAGAGAAUGCGGCUCGAUUCUUGAGGAAAAUCUCGGCUCGAUCGCUUGAUGCUAAUUAUCUCUCUGAUCUUAGCUAUGCCCUGCUAGGUCUCGGUGAUUCGAACUACUCGACGUAUCAAGGGACACCGAGAAAAGUCGAUAAGAAUCUCGCGAGGCUUGGCGCAAAGAAGAUCAUCGACACUGCAGAAGCUGACGACGAAAUUGGACUUGAAGUGGUUGUCGAGCCGUGGAUUGAGCGCCUCUUGAAAAAGUUGUGUGAGAUUUUCGACAUCCCACUCUCCAACCUCGACAAUCUGCAAAGCACAGUGCCCAAAACGACAAUAGCGAAACCGGUCGUGGAUUUGAAGUUGAGCAAAAUAAGCAUGGGUGAUGCUCCCGAAACCCCGUCGAUCAAAGUUCUGAAGGCGAACGAUUAUGCAUAUCCGGGAGAAACGUCGUUGAUCAAAGCGCUACGAGUUCCCGUCUCACCGCUCACCUACCUGAUUUCAUCAGUGACCCACGAAAAGUUUGAUCCGAAAAGCGUCACUUGGCAGAACGGAGAAAGAUUUCCUGGAGCGCACGGAAAGCCGAUUGAUGUGACCGUUGUGGGUACUACUCUUUUAACCUCUCCCAACGCUCACAAACCAAAACGAGAAAUCAUCAUCGAUUUGGGAGAAAAUUUGGAUAAUGCCAAGUUUGAACCAGGCGAUGCUUUUUACUUUCUUCAGCCUAAUCCCGAAGAGGAAGUGAAUUUCAUCUUGGAAAGAAUGGGAUUGCUGACUCUAGCCGAUCAGAAAUGCGGCGUUGAAGUGGAUAAAAAUGCUACAAAGCCGAAUGCUGCUGUGCCCGGCUACAUUCCACCAACUUCUUCACUACGUUACAUUUUCACGCAUUGUCUGGAUAUCAGAAGAUCACCGGGAAGGCCUGUUCUACGAAUUUUCGCGGAGGCAACCGAGGAUGAAGCCGAGAAACGUCGCCUUUUAGAGCUUUGCUCGGCACAGGGAAUGGCUGAGUUUACGGCACAUGUUAGACAGGCGGCAGUUUCAAUAGUGGAUGUAUUACUUGCGUUCCCAGGAGUACGACCGAGCCCCGAAAGAUUGAUGGAACAAUUGCCUCGUUUGAUGCCUCGACCUUACAGUGUUGCGAAUUCCUUUGAGCGUUGUAAUGGAAGACCGCGCUUCAUUUAUUCACAACUUGACUUUGCUGAUGCGGAUGGACGGCGAUAUAAGAGACUUGGGCUAGCUACAGAGUGGCUAAAUUUGUUGAGAGUCAAUGAUAAGAUACAGGUGAUCAUGAAAGAGCCGAGCCGUUUCCGUUUACCGCCUCCGCCACUCACAUGGAAUGAUGUCUCGUCGAUGCCUUUGUUAAUGAUCGGACCUGGAACGGGUGUUUCCACAUUUUUGUCGUUCAUGGAUAAAAUAUUGCACGAAAAACUGACGAAUGGUCAACUAGAAACGGUGCCUCGACUUUUGUUCUUCGGAUGCCGCACUUUCGAGAAAGAUUACAUCUGCAAAAACGAGCUCGAAUCUUAUGUGAGAGAGGGAAUCAUCGACGAGCUGAUCACUUGCCAAAGCCAGCCCACGAAACCCGUUUCAGAUUUGGACAAAUAUGUUCAAGAAGCAUUAAAACGACGAAGUGCUCAGAUCUUCUCUUUUCUCGAGUUACCGAAGUCUCGUGUUUUUGUCUGCGGUGAUGCGAAAGCGAUGAGCAAAGAUACGUGGGAGUGCUUUGUGCAAAUUUUGGUGCAAAAUAAAGGCUGUACGGAUAUGGAGGCACGAGCAUAUUUGAACGAAAUGAAGAAAAACGAUCGAUAUGUGGAAGAUGUUUGGGCA